GGCGGGCGGUGGAGGGGGCGUGGCCGGCGGUGUUUUGUUCGGUUGCCAUUGAGGCGCCCGGGCCACACCGCGCGGGGGAGGCGGCGCGGCCGCGCAGGAAAUCAGAGAUGAUACACUGACAGCGUUUGGAAAUAAACUUUGGCAGUAAGAUGGAAGCAUAAAUCUCAAGACUUCAGACCGAAACAGAAAUGGCUCAUGAGUAUUGAAAGAAGAGACCGAAGAGCCUCCAACACUUCUGAGUGAGCAGUGGAAAAGGAACAACUACCAUGGUAACACUAAUAACUGAAAAGCUGCAGAACCAGAGCUUGGAUGAUCUGACCUGUAAAACGUACAAUAUUAAUCUGUACUCAUCUGAGAAGCUGAACAAAAGUGGCAGCUUGUUCCCUUUCGAAAUCAAUGAAGAGAGUCCUUGGAAAGCUUUAAAUGGGGGUUACCCAAUCCAGACUGACACAACAAGGAAUUCAGCUUACCCUUUCCCAGUGUGCCCAUUCAGCACCAGCACUGCCAGCAAUGGUAGUCUGCAGUGGCAGCAGGAACCUUCCAACACAUCCAUGGUGUCAGGAUGGAUAAGUGAAUUAAACCUUAACGAAAACUCGGGUCAGCCCUUGGCACCACCAACAAAGCGCCACUGUAGGUCCCUCUCGGAGCCAGAUGAGCUGGCUCGCUGUCGGUCACCGUGGAAGCCUGGCAGUUCCAAGGUUUGGACUCCCGUGUCAAAGAGACGCUGUAACAGCGGCGGCAGCGCGACCUUGCAGCGCUGCAACAGCCACGGAAGUGCAACCUUACAGAGAAGCACAAGCAUCAGCCUGCCACAAAACAUACUGUCCCUAAACAACGUCUUCACUAUCACCAGCUUCAACACAUCACCAGUACCCAGACCUUCCUCUGCCAGCAGCGGGUUCGUGGACAGCAGCGAGGGCAGCACGAGCUCGAGUACCCGCUGGAAUUCCGGAGGCCCUUGUGACUUUAACCCAAGGCGCCGCCUCUCCCUCUCCCAGGAGCACAUCACCGAGACAGGAAAUCUCUUGCCUUCAGCCAACAGCACUCCCACCUCCACACCCGAGCUCAGCCGGCGGCAGGGCCUGCUGAGGUGCCGCUCUCAGCCUUGCGUCCUGAACGAAAAGAAAAGCCGGCUGAAGCGCAGACGGGAGGAGGAUGUACGAUGGAACAGGCCAUCGUUAGACUUUUUUAAAAUGACACGGCAAAGUGGAUUAAUGUUCCUGAGCUGUACAAUCGGUGUUACUGCUACUUUAAAAAAUUCCAAAAGUCUUUGCUCCCUUGACUAUGAAGAUGACGAUGAUGACACACAAAUGAAGACAAUUGUGUCAUCGCCAUGUGACUCAAAUGAUCUUAUGAACAUCAUCACCCCUGGCUCCAGCCCGAUGAAAGAACAGCAGCUGGACGAAGUCAGGCAUCACGGGUCGUGCCAAGGUGGCUUCAAAACAAGGGAUUAUAAGAAAGCAGACGCAGUGUGCGAAAGCGACGAGGACACGAGUGAUUGUGAGAGCACCGAAGAAGGAAUCUUUCCUCUAGACUGUGGGGACCUGGACCUAGAGCAGAUCGAAAACAACUGAGAACUCCGAGUUGUGUGCUAGAAUCAGAAUUGUUCUAAAUUAAAGUGAUAGAGGAUUACCUUUGCCAUGCAUAAUCCAUGUCCCUGAAUCUCUGUAUUGCCUAUCUUGGGCUGUGUUAGAAGAAAUGUUUCAGGUGGGGGAAAAAACGUGAACCAUUGUUACCUGUUUAGUCUAUUGGUCAAUACGUGGAUGACAGCGAAAUAAAAAAGUAGGAGUUUAAAUGUUAUUUUGAACAUUAAGGAAUAAUUUUGAUUAAAAAUUUCCUAACAGAUAUUUUGCAUUUUUAUGGCUUUUACAGUUCUGGAGAAAAAGCAUCUCUAUUUUGAAAUGAAUUUUCAGAAGGGCAUUCUAUAAAACUAAAUCUGUCUACAGUGAUUCUGGUGCGGGUCUAUGUUGCUUUUGUUAAAGAGCUUAAUGUGAAAAGUGAAUUGCAUAAUGAAUUGGUAAUAAACCUUCAGAUAGAACUCUUAAAUAUCUGGUUGGCAACUGGUCCAAAAUACUUAACUGCCGUCUUUGACAGUGUCUGGUUAAAAAACAACUUCAUAACAUGUACAAGUGUUUUUUUUCAUACAUUCAGGACUUUUUGAUCAAAAUAUGGUAGUGACCUUAAAGGUUAACAUUUUCCAUUAUUUUACUACUUGAAUUGUUUUCUAGCCUGAAGCAAUGCUAAUUUAGGUGGGCUAAAACUUGCAAGUAGCUGCCCACCUACUUGGUCAUUAUGUUUUCUGUGGUUCAAAAGAAUGUACAACAAGAGCACUUGAACUUUUAGACAGGGACUUUGUAAUGAUCAAUUCCCCAGGAGGUGAUCCCUUCAGCAAUACUAGAAGGAAAAUAGUCCUUGAAUUAAAUAAAAUGACAUUUUGCUUUGCA